UUUCUUUUCAAGAUUGCUAUUCUCAUUUUGUUUGUUUCCUCUUUCUUUUUUAUAAUCUCUAGGACUCGGUACGUAGCAGAUCGAAAGUUUCAAAUAAAUAAAUCAAAUUUUCGUAAAGUCGAUAAAGAGUAGAUCGACAAAUUUCGAGGGCUUUCUCUUUCAUUUCUCUUCUUUUCUUCCUCUUCUUCUUCUUCUUCUUCUUCUUUCCCGCAAGGAAAAAAAAGAAAAGAAAAGCAAAGGGCUUUUGUGGGUUGCGGAAAAAAUAUUCACAAAAUCUAUUCAAGAAAUAUAUUGGAAAAAAGGUUCUUAUUUCUUGAAGUUGAAAUUUUGAGUUGUAGAAAAUGAGUUCUUCGGAUCUGGUAGCAGCGAGCGCACAGGGUAAUCUGGAUGAGCAGAUUUCUCAGCUAAUGCAGUGCAAGCCUCUCUCUGAGCCUGAUGUUAGAGCAUUAUGCGAGAAGGCCAAAGAGAUACUAAUGGAAGAAAGUAAUGUUCAGCCAGUAAAAAGCCCUGUGACUAUAUGUGGUGAUAUCCAUGGACAAUUCCAUGAUCUCGCCGAGCUUUUUAGGAUUGGCGGACAGUGUCCAGAUACAAAUUAUCUGUUUAUGGGCGAUUACGUCGACCGUGGAUACUAUUCAGUUGAAACUGUUACCCUAUUGGUAGCUCUGAAAGUACGUUAUCCUCAGCGAUUAACAAUUCUCAGAGGAAAUCAUGAAAGCCGACAGAUCACACAAGUCUAUGGGUUCUAUGAUGAAUGCUUGCGGAAGUACGGCAAUGCUAAUGUCUGGAAAACAUUUACUGAUCUAUUUGAUUAUUUACCUUUGACAGCAUUGGUUGAAUCCGAAAUUUUUUGUUUGCAUGGAGGAUUAUCUCCAUCUAUUGAAACCCUUGAUAAUGUAAGAAGUUUUGACCGUGUCCAAGAAGUCCCCCAUGAAGGGGCCAUGUGCGAUCUUUUGUGGUCAGACCCAGAUGAUCGUUGUGGUUGGGGGAUGUCACCCCGCGGUGCUGGAUACACUUUUGGGCAGGACAUCUCUGAGCAAUUUCACCAUACCAACAAUCUAAAGCUGAUAGCUCGAGCUCAUCAGCUGGUCAUGGAGGGAUAUAACUGGAGCCAUGAACAAAAGGUUGUCACUAUUUUUAGUGCACCAAAUUAUUGUUAUCGAUGUGGAAACAUGGCCUCUAUUUUGGAGGUUGACGACUGCAGAGGGCACACGUUUAUCCAGUUUGAUCCAGCUCCAAGAAGGGGAGAACCGGAUGUAACACGACGAACCCCUGAUUACUUCUUAUAAAAUGGAGAACCAUUUCCGUUGUCUACCAAUAGCUGGUUUUGCUAUAUUUUCCAUCUGCUGUCGAGAUAUGAGCAUAAUUAUGGCAAAGCUAUCUACUCUUGGGAGGUAAUCCAUGGACUAAGAAGCUUGUAAUAUGCUAGGCCAGGUCCCCUUGGUUUAAGUCAUAUUCUAACCUAUGUUAGGAAUAUUAGAGUGGGGAAAUGCAGCCAGCAAAGCUGUAUUGUAUCAUUUCAUGGAGACUUCUUUUCGGUUGUUCCAUUCAUGUUUUGAUCUUCAGUCUUAGUGUGAUAUUUCUCUCAAAGUUGUCAUAUGUUGUUGCAAGGAAGUAUGUUGUGUAAAGUCAAAAAUCCACUUUACAGUGUAACUUUUACCUUGUUAAUGCAGCUGAUCCUUUCUUGUGAAA